UUCUAUAUGUAAAUUCAGGUUUUCAAAUUUGUACCUUGCAUGUGUUGAACAAACAAUCUUUACAUUAGUUGCUCUAUAUACGUAAUGUAUUGUACACAUAAUUAAGGUUAUAUGGAGAUUUAUGUAAUAUUUCGUACAAUAAACAAUUUUUAAUACAUUAAAGUUUCUUUAAAUUAAUAUAAAAGAUUAAAUGUAAUGAGACAAUUCAGCGUAUUACUUAUGCUUUUAAUUUGGAAAUCUUAAUUUAGGUUAAAUAUAUCUACAGUUAAGGAUGCAUUACAAAAAAUGCGACAAAUUGAUGACAAAAUUAUUUAUAUGCUAAAUGCUACAAUUCCAACAGAAUCUUUUAAAAGCCAAGUUGAUCCUACGGCACAAUGUAAAGAUUUAUUUGAACAAAUUCAGUCAGGUCAUAAACAAAGAGAAUUGGCCAUUACAAAAUGUGUAAAUGCAUCAAAAGAAAAAGUUAAGCAAUUGAAGGCUCAAAAAGAUAGUGGGAAUGAUAAUCCACAGCUUCUUAAAUCAUUAAGGAAAGAACAAAGUACUCUGCGUUUAUUACAGUCAGAAUUAAAUGUAGAAGAAAUUGUUAAAAAACGAACAAUUAAUGUAUAUCACGAAAAAUGUCGUAGUUUUUAUAAACCAAUAAAUGUAACAGCAUAGUGUUGUAAAUAA